UUCUGUUGUGAUCUAUGUGGAAAACGAUUUAUUGAUAAAUCAGAUUUAAACAAACACAUGAGAAUCCACACAGGACAGAAGCCUUUCUGCUGUGAUCUAUGUGGACAAAGAUUUAGCCAAAAAUAUAAUUUAAACAGGCACAUGAGAAUCCACACAGGACAGAAGCCUUUCUGCUGUGAUCUAUGUGGAAAAAGAUUUAGCCACAAAACAGCUUUAAACAAACACAUAAGAAUCCACACAGGACAGAAGCCUUUCUGCUGUGAUCUAUGUGGACAAAGAUUUAUCGUUAAAUCAGCUUUAAACACACACAUGAGAAUCCACACAGGACAGAAGCCUUUCUGCUGUGAUCUAUGUGGAAAAAGAUUUAGCCACAAAACAGCUUUAAACACACACAUGAGAAUCCACACAGGACAGAAGCCUUUCUGCUGUGAUCUAUGUGGAAAAAGAUUUAGCCAAAACUCAACUUUAAACACACACACGAGAAUCCACACAGGACAGAAGCCUUUCUGUUGUGAUCUAUGUGGACAAAGAUUUAGCUACAAAUCACAUUUAAACACACACACGAGAAUCCACACAGGAGAGAAGCCUUUCUGUUGCGAUCUGUGUGGACAAAGAUUUAGCUACAAAUCAGAUUUAAUCACACACAUGAUAAUCCACACAGGAGAGAAGCCUUUCUGUUGUGAUCUAUGUGGACAAAGAUUUAGCCAAAAAUCAACUAUAAACACACACAUGAGAAUCCACACAGGACAGAAGCCUUUCUGUUGUGAUCUAUGUGGACAAAGAUUUAACCACAAAUCACAUUUAAACACACACAUGAGAAUCCAUACAGGACAGAAGCCUUUCUGUUGCGAUCUGUGUGGACAAAGAUUUAGCCAAAAAUCACAUUUAAACCUUACCUCAGUCUGCUAUUACCCGCCGGAUCGUCUGCUCACAACCGCUCUCAAGCACCUCUCGUAUCCCUCCUUCCUGCUGCUCCCCUGCACGCACCAGCCUUCGUCCUUCAUCGCCCUCCUCGCAGUCUUCUUCUCCUCACCUCAGCCUCACUCACCCUCCUCGUGCCUGCCUGUGACUCUCCCUGCUGUGCUGCUGGCUCUUCCCCGACCCCAGCGCCCUCCCGCUUUCUCAGGAGGCUUCCUGGCUCCCAGCGUCUGCCUGGCUCCACAGUGCAGCACCUGCAGUCCUCCAGUUACCUCCGGUCCGCCUGCUCCUGCCAUCUCCAUCAUCCCUUCCCAGCCCGGUGAAGACUGUCGGUCACAUCCUCCACUACUCAUCAGUUUUCUAUAA